AUGCUAAGCUUUUGGUUACUCACAGCCAUGACGGACUCCAACAAGAUGAUCAUCAACUUGGCCCUCUUUGGCAUGACUCAGAGUGGAAAAAGUUCUGCUGGCAACAUCCUUCUAGGAAGCACGGACUUCCACAGCAGCUUUGCUCCAUGUUCUGUGACCAAAGAGUGUAGUCUGGGCCGCAGCUGUCACCUCCAUGGCUUCAUGCGUCGAGGGGGGCAAGAGAUAACCCUGCAGGUCCGGGUGCUGGACACUCCAGGUUAUCCGCACAGCAAGCUGAGCAAGAAGCAUGUGAAACAGGAGGUCAAAGAGGCCCUGGAACAACACUUUGGGCAAGAGGGUCUCCAUCUUGCACUGCUGGUCCAGAGAGCAGACGUGCCUCUCUGCGGACAGGAGGCAUCUCCCUCAGUCCAGAUGAUCCAGGAACUUCUGGGACAUGCUUGGAAGAAUUAUACUGCCAUUCUUUUCACCCAUGCAGAAAAAAUAGAAGAGGCUGGGUUCAGUGAAGAGGAAUACUUACACGAGGCCUCCGAUACACUGCUGGCCCUACUAAACUCUAUUCAGCACAGAUAUAUUUUCCAGCAUAAAAAAGGAAACUCACUUAGUGAACAAAGAAUAAAAGUCUUAGAAAAAAUAAUGGAAUUUAUAAGAGAAAAUAGUUACCAAGUUCUUACCUUUAAAUAA